AUUCAGACAGCAAUAAGCAAAAAUAUUCACUUGUCCAAAAAAUGGCGUCUCUCAAAGUUCCCGCAAAUGUUCCUCUUCCCGAAGAAGACGCUAAUCAGCUCAACGAAGCCUUUAAAGGAUGGGGAACCAACGAGGGAAUGAUCAUAUCAAUCUUGGCUCACAGAAAUGCAACGCAACGAAACUUCAUCCGCGCCGUUUAUUCGGCUAACUACGACAAGGAUCUUCUCAAAGAAUUGGACAAAGAGCUAUCCGGUGACUUCGAGCGAGCUGUGAUGCUGUGGACUUUUGAUCCAGCGGAGAGAGAUGCUUAUUUGGCGAAGGAAUCUACCAAAAUGUUCACCAAAAACAAUUGGAUUCUUGUCGAAAUCGCUUGUACUAGAUCUUCCCUUGAGUUUUUAAGUGCCAAGCAAGCAUACCAAGCCCGCUACAAGACCUCUCUUGAGGAAGAUGUCGCAUACCACACAUCUGGAGACCUCCGAAAGCUCUUGGUUCCUCUUGUAAGCACCUUUAGGUACACCGGAGAUGAGGUGAACAUGAUGCUAGCUAGUUCCGAAGCUAAGAUACUUCAUGAAAAGAUUGAGGAAAAGGCCUACGGUGAUGAAGAUCUCAUCAGAAUCUUGACAACAAGAAGCAAAGCUCAAAUCAGCGCAACACUCAAUCACUUCAACGACAAGUUCGGAACUUCCAUCACCAAAUACCUAAAGGAGGAUUCGGACAACGAAUACGUUCAACUACUCAAAGCCGUGAUCAAAUGCUUGACAUAUCCAGAGAAGUACUUUGAGAAAGUUCUACGUCAAGCCAUCAACAAAGUGGGAACAGACGAGUGGGCACUCACUAGAGUGGUCACUACACGAGCCGAGUUCGACAUGGAACGGAUCAAAGAGGAGUACUUACGCAGAAACAGUGUCCCACUUGACCGAGCCAUUGCAAAAGACACUCAUGGUGACUAUGAGGAUAUUCUUCUCGCUCUUCUCGGACAUGAUGAACAUGCUUGAAGUUGAAACAAUAUUAGCAAGAGUAAAAAUCAAAAACGCAUUUUGUGUUUAAUAAGACAGUUGUGAUUGGUCGUG